AUGCUCUCCACUAUUGUACAUCGGCCCCACGGUAGCCCCAUGCCCGUGGGCAUCUGGCUUUACCUUCCAUCCCCGGACCUAAUCCCUUCCAAAGCCCUAGCACCAUCUGACAAGAACAAAACCCCAAAGGCUGAAUUAGAGCAAAUCCCACUUGAGCUCGCCGAGGUGAUCCCGCGCAAGAAUGUCGGCAAGGCCGAAUACAUGGCCAAAUUCCCCUUGGGCCAUGGCAAGAUCCCGGGUCUCGAGGCACCAGGGCUCCGACUGACGGAGACAAUUGCAAUCGUUACGGCCGGUCUUCUCGGGGAUGGCUCCAAGGAACAGGAAGCCGAAGUCCUCGCAGUGAUGAGCUGGGCCAACCAAGAGCUCAUUCAGACUCUUGCAUUGUGGUUCCUUCCACUCAUCCCCGGCUUCUCUGAUCCUCCACCCUAUGACCAUGCCGCUGUGGAAGCCGGAAAGGUCAAAUCUCAGCGUCUGUUGACUACGCUGGAGACUCUGCUGGAAGGAAAACAGUGGUUUGUUGGCAACCAUCUGACACUUGCAGACAUCAUGGUGGCGGUGUAUGUCUCGCGCGGACUGGAGUGGGUGCUGGAUGCAAAGUGGAGGGAAGCACACCCGAAUGUGAUGAGGCAUUUCAGUGCUGUUGCGGAGCAGGAUGCUGUGAAAAAGGUGAUUCCGCAGUUUGUGUUGAUUGAGAAAGAGACGCCGAAUGUGAAUCCGUACGCGUGA